GUUCCCAUUUGAAUAUUCGAUACUGGUAAAACUUUCAGUUCAGCUUAGUUCAUGUUAAAGUCGGUGGUGGUUUCCAUGACUCGUCAUCUUUUCGAAGUUUACAUUACGAGUCAAAAAGGUAAUCCUGUUAUCUGCAAAUAACUCUCUGGUGGUUUUAUAUUUGUCGUCGGUUUUCUCGUGUCGUCGUAUUCAUUUUUUACCUUCGCAUCGACACUUGCGGUCCUUGAGACCCUCUCUUCAAAGAAAAGUUUUGCAGGCGAACGCCCUCUCCUCGCUUUACUAUCGCCGAACAAUAGAUGAGACCGGAUUAUCUGGAAAAAGAACCAAUAGGGUAGGGCCCAGCCCAAAACACAAUAGGCCACGUCAAACAAACCACGCUUCACUACUCAUAAAUAGGUGUCAGUGAGAGGGGUUUUCUACGACGAUUCAGUAUUAGACUAUAGACUAUAAUAUGUUUCCCUCAGCUGAAUAGUUGCGUUCGUCUGUGGUAUAAACAACGUGAAUAUAUCACCGGGAAAGAGAUAUAUAACUCGUCUCUUCUGUUGGAAAAUACGAGUGUUUUUCAUCUUUUACAACUAUUGGAACACUACUAAACUUUAAGUUGUUGAUAUCUUCAGCAGAAAGAACUGCAACUUUUCCCCAUGAAGCAGAUACCAGGGCCAUCAUGUACCAUGGUAAAGAGGUACUACACCAUCAGAGUGAGUCGGACGGUGGCUCACGUCUUCUGCCUCUGCUUUGCCAUUACAUUCUGCAUGCUCAUCAUUGCGCUACCGACGUUGGAAAGAUCGCGCCAUUCGUCGACAUUCAUUGACGUCGGCUUGCGGGCGGGAUCGAGCGAGCACGACGAGGGGGUGAUGGACGAGGCCGACGAGCCGAUGGUCCUGGUGGAGUACGACCCUGCCGAAGCGGCCAGAAAGAAGGAGGAGAUGAGGAGACGGGAUGAAGAGAGGAAACGAGAAAAGAAGAUUAGGGAGAGAGAAGCAAAGGAGGCAAUUGAUAGACGGGACACCGAGAGAAGGCAAGAAGAACGCUACAGGGAGAUGGAAAGGAAUAGGGAUGCAGAAAGGGAAAGGUACAGAGAGAGGGUAGAACCUCGGUUACCCCCAAGGGCUCCUGUAGUAGAGGCUAUACCUGAUGAACGCAGAGAACCGGUUCGGAGGACUGAAGAUAGACGAGCAGAAUCGUCACCGGCUAGAGUCAAGCUACCGAAUGGUAUGAAGGGAUGUACCAGGCCAUCUCCUUAUGGACGAGGUUAUAACGUCGAUCUCGACACCACAGGGCAACUAAACCCAACCUGUAGGAUGGAUCAAAAAGAGGUCAUUCGAAACGUCAGGAAUACAACGGUCAGGUCUCUGUGUGCGGUAGAGGAACUCAAUGACAUCUCUCUCUUAAACAGUGAGCAAAGGAGAACUCUAGACGCCCAGGUCCUUGUAGAUGAUGCUCACAAAUUUAUAUAUUGCUUCGUACCGAAAGUAGCAUGCUCUAACUGGAAGCGUGUCAUAAAAUACAUGAACAACAAGGUGCCUGACUUGGAGACGCCGAUGAAGAUGGACCAUAAAAAAGACUUGGUCUUUCUACGUGAUUUCAGUGAAGAGGAGGUACGGUAUCGACUGAAGAAUUACUACAAGUUUAUGUUUGUCCGGGACCCCACUGAGAGGCUGUUAUCGGCAUACCGUAAUAAGUUUGGUGAGAACAUAGGGUCAUACAAUUCUAAGUACGGCCCGCAGAUCAUUAAGAAGUACAGGAAACCCGGUGCGCUGAUUGAGGGGUCUGAUCAGUCUAUGAUAACUUUCGAGGAGUUCUUGCGGUUCCUGGUAGACAGUGACUACCGUAGGAUGGAUCCCCACUGGAGACCUAUGCACGAGCUUUGCCAGCCAUGCGCCAUGAAAUACGACUUCAUAGGAUCCUUCGAGCAGUUGUCCGAAGAUGCCAACUUGGUCAUCAACAAGGUUCGCGGCAGCAGUGACGCGUAUUUCCCAGCGAGACAAAGCUGGUACAAACCCACGACAGAUGAUAAGAAGAAACAACAAUUGAACAAUGUUCACCCCACCUACAUGAAACAGGUCGUAGAUAAGUAUGCGCGGGACUACAUACUGUUUGGCUAUCCACCACCAGUUUCCGACGUCACGAGGCCGAAGGGUUUAUGAUUGUCACCCUCAAGAAAUAUGAAUUUAUAUUUAUUGUGUGUCUAUGAAUCUUUGAGCUUUUAUUUUGGUGAAUGCGUCGCUUACGAUUGGAAAUUGUGAUAUACUAUUUGAAUAUUGAUGUGGUCAGCUACAAUUAAACCAAAGAUAUGAUCCACGAUCGCAACUCACUCGCACUUGGCCUAAUCAUCAUGACCUCAAAGAAUUUAUCAACUCUCAAGUUUAUGAAUAGGCCUAGUCAUCACCAUACAUGUAUCAUCAGGGAACUCUUAAUCAAUACACAUGUCACCCUGACCAGGGAAAAUAUCGGACGUUCCCCAGUUCUCCUGGAAAUAUGAUUGGUAUGCACACGCCCCUAUUCCCUUGAUGUUUGACCCUGGAUACAGAAAGACAUCAUGAUUGCCCUGUAUGAACAGCAGCUAUUGUAUUGGGUGAAAGAAAGGACUAGCGGCUGUGAGGGACACCACUGUCAAUUGUCCAGGGACUGACUUUGGGUGAGUGUUACUCCAGAGGGUGUCGAGGAACAUUCCCUAACUUGGGAUACUCAUCCAUAAUGAUGACGCGUCGCCCCGGGCAAUAAACCCGUUCAUAUCUUGACUUUGAAGGGUAGUUUCAAGCAUGCGGAUUCUUACCAAGACGCUAAUGGAUCAAGCUGCCCAUCACUGUUUUUUUAUUGAGCAUUUGAUCCUCGCUGUCCUAAGGCAUUUCGGUAAUGUGCCCAUGACAUAUCGGAUUUGAAGGAAGACGCACCGUCGAUGCAAGACAGCCAAAAUCAGAUACAAACUUAUCGGUCAAAGAUAAUCGACUUUAAUGGUUGGGGAUGUUCGCAGUGUAUUAUUGCGGACAAAUAAUUGUAACUGAAAUUUGUUUCUUAUGACGCUUUUAUCCUUCGAUUGGGAAUGUUCAGACUCAGAGCAUACGGACGUAGUUUAAACAAGAUAGCUUUAGUUGAAUCUAAAAUUUACUUUUGAUUAUAGAGCCUCCAUUUUGUGGAAUGCAGGCCGGUAUAUACACGUAUUUGAGUUCGGAUUUCACCGCUUCAUAAUUUCGUGAUCAUUCCAAAUCAACGAAAGCAAUGAUAUAAAUUUUCGUAAGCAUUUCAUGAUUUUUGUUCAUGUGUGUGUUUAAGUUUCUAUCGUCACAGUUUGGAUGGUAUACCUCUAAAUUAGCAGUAUGGUAAAGAUGUAUGUCGUACGUAUUCUGGUGAAAUUGGAAACUGUUAAUUAGUUCAUCUCAAUUUAAUGGCAGGGACGGGUCUAUAGGAUAUUAAAAACAAAGGGAAAGGUGGUACUUGAAGUGUCAUUUGAUUUUUUUUCCAGAAUUAUUUUGCAAGCAAAAAACAAGCAAAACAAAGAAACAAACAAAAACCGAUACCAUAGGUUCUCAGAAAGAACCGGAUUUGCACCAAGACUAAAAAAAACCUGACAAACGAAUUUCCCCGAAGUCGUCCUCGCUCCAAAAAAUAAAUUUGUGCCUAUUUGAACUCAAAAGAGCAAAAACAUUGCAAAAAUACUUUGGACACGUGCCCCCUUGCUGUGUCCCUUGGAUCAGCCAACUUUCAUUGAAUAUUUUUACAGUGUAUCAUUUACAAUCCUUAUGGCAUGACACUGUCUUGCAAAAUGUCACGUUACAUAAAAGAUUACUUGCUGUGGCAUAUUUGAAAAAAAAAUCGAGAUAUGAAAAAAAAAUGGCGGAAUUGGCGGAAACGCAUUUCAGAAUACAUUUGUAAUUGCGUCAAACGUCGCAUUGGGUUAUAAUGGGUCGCCGUUUUGGGGUUGAGGUUUACAUGUUUUAUAAGUAGCCAUCGAAGCACUUUUGUCAGGCCUAUAUUACCAGCGAGUAUUUCCAAUGGUUACUGUUGUCAGUAAAUAUGUUAUUCGUUCAAGCAUUGCAGUACUUAUUUGGAUGUUUAUUAAUGUUUGAUUAAUGCUAUAUAUUCUAAUAAAUUUACCAAUUUAGAUUCAGUGUUGUUAAUUGUGUAUGAAAAUUAUGUAAAUGAAAAUGAUUUGAAUAUGAAUCGAAAGGAUGCUAAAUAAUGUAGUUAAUAAAUAUAGGUCUCGGUAUGAUUGAUGUAUUUACAGAGACAGCCUAGUUCAGAAAAUCAUGGUCUUGUGACAACAGCAAUAUAGGCUAUGCAAAAUCAGAAUACCUGAUGUAUAUUUCUCAAUACCUGGUGUAUAUAACCAUUUAACGAAAACAGUAGAUAUAAAGUUAUGACUUGCUUUCACGAAAAAAUAUGAAUGUUACUGGCCUUUGAAGCUUGUUCCUAUUCAAGUCCGAACAUAGUCUUAAUAAUUUAUACAGUAUGUAAGAUUCUGGGCUAGAAGAAAACAUACAUGUACAUAAUUAAUUACGAUAUUUUGGGUUCAAUUCAAAAUAUUUUACCCUCUUAAUAUUGAAAUUCGUACUUUUCGUAAACGUUUCAUUGUGACGUUUUAUUCCACAUAUUUAUGUGUUAUAUGAGUCAACGCUUGGAUGACCAGGAGGUAUUCUUGGCAGUGAUGUAAAUUUUGAUUUGUGCCAAAGUAAGGCAUGGCUGAAAUGAAGGAAUCCAAAUGUCAAUGAUGUCCUAAUUUUAGCAUCAAUUCACAAGAUAAUCUCAUUGAAAAUGUAUUAGCAAAUAUGUGUACUCACUCAUGUAUCAUUGGCAUCUGGAUUCAAUCAUUUCAAUCAUGCCUUACUUUGUCGCAAGUCACAAUUUACAUCACUGCAAUGAAUAUAUACUGGUCAUCCAAGCGUGAAGAAAUACAACAUGAAUAUAGUUGAUAUUAUUUGCGAGAUGAAACUCUCUCUAGCAAUAUAUAAUGCUUGUGCAUUUAUGGCAUAUUUUCCUUUAAUUGGGGAUUUGCGAGGUGUCAUGUUUUUUUGUUGUUGUUUUUUUACGAAUGAUUUUACGACCAACUGGAAUAUGGCAAGCCAAGUUGGUGUGAUAAAGGGGAGUAUAUCCUGAUGUCAAAAUGGUUUUAAAUGCUGACAGGACAAUAAAGAAAUUAAUCAAUGGAUAUUGAUUAUCAGAAAAGGCACUUUUAUGCAAGUCAGGAUUAAAAAAAAAAUAUUUCGGCAGUUUAUAGUUGUUCGUAAAGACGUUCAUAACUCUAUGAGUCUUGUGGUUAAUAUGAAAUAGACACCAACCCUCUACUCUACGUGUCACCUGACAUACUCUACUUGUCACAUGAUAGUCCAAGACUCCAGGUUGCAUUUAGAUAUUGCCUACAGAAAAUUGGGUUGAAAAGCGUGGUGACCUAGUCCCGUUUUAAAGGAAACGUCCGCCCCAACAAAAAAGUUGAUUUUUUAAUGAAAAGCGGAAAAUCAAAUGAACAUUCAUCGAAAGUGGAUGGAAAAUACAUAUGUUUGAAAAAAUUGUUACAUUAUUUAUUAUGCGCAUUCUGAUUUGUAUGCACAUGAGGGAACUGAUAUGACGUCAUCUACUAACGUAUCUUAACAAUUCCUAAUAUAAAAAAAUGGCAUAUUGUAUAUUUCAUAAAAUAAACUAUCAAAUAAAUGAUAAAUGUGUGGAAUCGCCGAUUCUUUUAUUUGCACAGAAAACGUUUUGUUCAAAUAAUUAUUGUUCGUUAAUUGGCAGAACUUAAAUCUUUAAUCACUUUCUGAGUUUAAGUUCAAUUUUGAAGAAAGUUUCAUCGUUAAGCUUGUUUGAUUUAUUUUGUUUAUUCAAAUCCCUUUUUGUUUGGAUGGACUUGACCUUUAAAUCAUCUUUAGAUCUACGCAGUUAGAAAGUGGAUCGCAUGACAGUAAAAAUGCAUAAAUAGGCAAUUUGUUGAUUAUUACGUGGUCUUCACUGGUUGAGCAUUUGCACUUAUCUAACGUCCAAUUUAAUCUGUUACAGUUUCGUUCCGUAGGUAUGUAUAGGCCAAUUAUGAAGCCAUUCUUCGAAGUAAAAAACACUCGCAAAGAGUGAAUAAUCAUGACAAAAAUAAAACAGUAGGCUAUUACCUCAGUCACAUUUUGCCUACGACGGCCGUACAGCGAGAACACCCGUUUUAACAUUUUGGUUUGUACCAGCUACAUACAGCGCGUCCCCCCCAAAAAAAAUGUCCCACUGACAGAGGGCCUAAUUAAUUCCAAAAUGUGGUAGUUUUCUCAAUUAAAUGUACGGGAGUAGAAAGCUCAUUUCAUAAUCUAACUUCUACGAAAAUUUCAUUGGUCUCGCUUCAGCGGUUUUGAAUAUACACUUUGUUACGUAACAGUGGUGCAUUUUAGCCCAUUCCAAGUUUGCAGCAUUGAUGUAUGGCAUAUUAACCACUUUUUUACAUCCAGGAUCUGAGCAUUGACACUUGCCUAAUCCUAUCCAGACUCCUCAAAUCAAAAACUUGGGCAUGUUCAGAAGGACAAGAAACUUCAAAAAUGAAGUUUGUUUGAUGAUUAUAUACAUGUACAUAAUUAAGGGGAAUCAGUGCACCAACUCGAAAGAACUUGUGAAUGAUGGAUGAGUAAAAUAAGGUGAACAAUGAAGGGGAAUCCACCAGUUACACUUUGCGUAAGGGAACUUUACCAGUGGAAAAAAAAUCAUU